CUGUUUAGGAUCGCAGAGUGGGUCGGCUUUAGCCUGCAGUGAUGGUCGGGCACAUUCUCUCUUCGAAGAGGAGGCUCCAUUUCAAAACAGAUAUAAUGCGUCAUAGGUCCCGACGGGGCCACAAGUUUAGAAUAACUAUGCCGCCGAAGACCAGCAACAAAUUACAGUUUUGGUUCCUCCUUCAUUUUGACUACUUGAUUAAGAUUUUGAACAUGCUUAUGCAAUCCUUUGCUUUCAACCAAGAAAGAAGGGCUCUUCACUGUCAUACUGGUGACCGCUUCAUUCCUCGCAGAUGUCGGCUCAACACAGACAAUUUUCUGUACACCCAGGCAUUAUCAGAGGCUUUACAAGAGGAGGACAUCUUGAAACAGGAUAUCUGCAAUAUCUAUGUGGAAGAAUAUGGCAGGCUAUUGCAGUCAGCUUUGAACCUUAGUCAUGCACAUGCUCGGCUGCUAACAUUCUGCUGCUCAUCCCCACCAGAAGAGAAAGCACCUAAAGAGGUGUAUCAGUGGCCUAUUAGAUGCCGAAGACGACCACUGAUUAAACAACCACAUCACUUAUUGGAUUUGCCAAAUUUCAGAUCCAAUUUUUUUCUGAAUCUAUUAGACUGGGGGCCAUCAAACUAUUUGGCUGCUUCUCUGCACAAUUCUGUUUAUUUGUAUGCUACUGGAGAGGACACUACAGAGCUCACUACCAUUGCAAAUGGCUACUACUCAGCUGUCAAGUGGGAUUCUAUUGGAGAGAAAUUAGUUAUAGGAACUAAUAACUCUGCUAUACAGGUAUGGAACACACGAAAUAGAAACCUGCUUGCAGAGACAACAUGUAACUGUGCUGAUUCCUUGGUUAGCAAGUGUCUUAUUAACGCUCUGGCCUGGCAUCCCAGUGACACAAAAUUUGUAAGUGCUUGCUCAAAUGGAACUUUGCUCUUGAUUCCACUCUCAUCCUUUCAACUUCGAAGUGAACAGACAUCUAUUUUACGAGCUCAUGAAGGUCAGAUUUGCAGUUUGCGAUGUUCCCAAGAUGGUCGGUUCUUGGCAUCAUCAGGUGAAGACAGUGCAGUGAGACUGUGGCUUUGGCCUUCGCUGACACCAGGAAUGGAGAUUAUUAACUUUGGUGAUCCAGUAAGGGCAAUGGCAUGGCAUCCAUGGAAACCUUCAUACUUAGUCAUUGGGAGUUCAAUAAGUGGAUCCAUCAGUCUGUGGAAUGUUAAUAAAUAUACCCAAGAAGCUCAUCAUACAUUAGGCUCUUCAGCUUUUGUGUGCAGCUUGGAAUGGAGUCCAGUUACUGGAGAACUGGUAGCAGGCAUCUGGAUCUCAGAACCUGCAGAAGAUGAGCAGGAACCAUUAGGACGGUCUGUGCUUGUGGUUUUGAAAACGCUGAACAAAGUUGUUGACAGAAUGGAAUGUUAUGCUGGACAAAUCUUCUACCUCUUGUGGAGUCCAGAUGGCAGGCAGAUUGCCACAGCUGGCUCUGACGAGGCACUCAGAAUCUGGUACUUCCUUGGACCAUCUUCUACAAGGGAGAAGGAUAUUAGGAGAUUCCUGAAACCACUGAUGCCUGCAUCUUUCAGAAUGCUGCCAUGUAUUAAGAAAAGGAACCAGAAUCGUAGUUCUUACACACAAAAAGUCAACAAAAGUAACUUGAGUUCAUUUAUGGAGGAAAUGCAUUACAGUAUAAAUUACAACAGUUUUGGUUGCAUAAUUCGUUAAAAAUCAUUACAUGUAAUUUAUGUAAAUAAUUCUAUUUUACUCCUCCAUGUAUCCUGAUACAAAUUCUGACUCAUGGGCACAGUGACAGUCCAGAUAAUUAUCCCAUGACUCUUGGCUUUUUAGCCAUUUCAAGUAAUCUUAGCCCUCCAGUCGUUCAAAUAUAUUGUUAGGCCCUGCAGUGUGCCACUUGUAUUGGGAUACAAGCUGUUAAAUAGAGGAUUUCUUGUAGAUAUGGUGUCGUGAUUUGCUUUUAUGCUAUAUUAUAAGUAUGAAUCAAUUUUUAAUAAUAGCUUAAUCAACCAGAUCUUAUAUCUGCUGUGCAUGAUAAAUUACUUCUUUAACAAAUUAUAAACAGUCACAUAUUCUGUGGUAGGAACACUAAUUGCACCAUUGGAAACAUUAUAUUUAAUCAGUAAAAGUGUAAUAGGAUAUGUGCCAUGAGACUUUAUUUUUAUUGGUUGGUUUUGUGUGUUUUAUAUGCAUGUAUGUUGAAUGUUUUGAUAAUGUACAGUUUAUUUAAUUUUGAAAAACCUUUCCAAAUAGUUAUUUCAUUCUCCAGUUUGUAGGGACAGUAUUUUUUACUACAUAAUGAAAAAUGAAAUCUCUUGUCUAUGCCAUAAUCUCCAAACAAUUACUUUUGCAACAUUGACAAUAGUUAAUUGAUUUAACUGAAAAAUUAUUCCAAAUGAGAGAACUGUAAGUAAAAGCUGUAAGUGUUAUGUGUAUCGUGAGAUUCAGAGUGUGGUAGUUAAUGGUUCUACAUAGUCAAUGAAAUAUUACAUAAUCUCAAGUCUUAAAUUUUAAAAAUUUCAAUAUUUCAUUCAUGUUUCAUUGAAUUUUAAUGUUAGAUAUUUCUAGAAAACAAACGUGUUAUCUCUUUCUUGUUUUAAACGACCUUUUAAAUGACUGAAUUUAUCCAUUCACAUUACAUAACAUGGUCUAUACAGUGUCUGGUAAGUCAAUACAUAUUUUUAAAUUUCUGUAAAAGUUUUAUUUGAGAAGUGAUUUCAAUGAAAAGAACUGUAAAUGAUAAGAAUCUUCCUUAAAUUUUUGUGCACAACACUUAAAAUUCUCUGUGAUCUCUUGUAUUUGCAACACAUUUCCUUAAAUGAACUGUCAUAUUCGCUACUAUAGACUGCAACAUGUAUUCAGUAAUGGUGGUAAGUUCAUUGGUUAUGGUUUCUUCCAACUGUUUCAGAUUUUGUGGUUUCCUGUGACAAACUUGUUCCUUGGCUUACCCCCAUAUUAAAAUGUCACAAGGUGGUCUGUUUUGCAAUGUCAUUCAUGGACACCAUGUCUACCAAUCUGUCACCCUGUUAAAUGGUCAUGCAGCCAUGCACAGACAUCAUUUGCAAGAUGAACAUGUACCUUAUCUUGCUAUCUUGCAUGAAAUGAAGUGUUGUAAUGUGUUCCAUUGUGAGAUUAUCUGCCACAGCCUUGAAACAUUUUGAGGUAUCAUACAGCAUUCACUGUACCCCUCAAAAGGCAAGGUUCAAUAAGUGUGGGUGCUGUAACACCACACUAAGGUGUCGCCUUCGGAUGACACCACAUUUUCUGCACAUUGGUCUGGAUAAAUUUUCAGACAACCAGUAAUGAAAGUUGCAUUGAUUCACAAACUCACCAACAUAAGACACUGCCUCAUCACUGCACACAGUGUUAUUAAAUAACUGUGACCAGUCAUCAUUCCAUCCCAGAAAAGAUGCUGUCAUCCUUCUGUCACAGUCAUCAGGAAACAAAUGUUUCCCAAAAUGGGUUUUCCAAGGUUUGAAACAGUUAUUUUCUGAGGAUGGUUUUGACUGUAUAGAGUGUGAGCCCACUUCCAUGAACACCUGUAUGUAUUUCCAUAGGAUGCUUAGAAACAUAACAUUUACUGUGGUAAUGUUCUUGGUAGUCAGCAAGGUUGAUGUUCAUCCUGAUUUUGCUUCAUCCAUGACACAAUCUGUUGUCAUUAAAUUUUUAUGGCACUUUUUGUUCUUUUGUGCAUUCAGUGUUGGAUGAAAUCCAUGUUCAGCCUUCCACCACCCCUCAACGCAUACCCUAGUCCCAAAACCUCAUAAUAGGUUGGGAUUUUGGCUCUCUCUUGCACACUUACCAUUGGAAGUAUUAUUCCUCUGAGAAACAUUCAUGUUAUUCCUAUAAAUUCUUAUGGAAUGGUCUGGUAUUUGCUUGUUUCAUCAAAAUCAGUUCACAAAUAUAUUUUUUAUAAUUUAAAAAUCUGUACUGACUUGUCAAAAAGACUAUAGCUGUCAUAACUGUAGAGUUUGAGAGGAAUUGUAAAAACAUUUCCAAUUUCAUGGUUAAAAAGAAUCGGUAUUAUUUUUUUUACUUCUUCACUAUCAUCAUAUUCAUAUUCAGGGAUUGAAAAAUAUAAUUGCCAGCUGAUCUGAGGUUAGUUAAUUUCUUGAACUUGUAAGAAAAAUUCACCAUAGUCAUUAUAUUAAUGGACCAUAAUCUACAUGAUUCUGUAAGAUGCAGGAUGCUGCAUGAAACAAAAUUAAUGUGUUAAUGUAACUAUAAAUGUAUGCUUUAGCAAACCAGUUCUUUAUGUUAUUUUGAAGUUUAGUGCAAGCAAUAGGCUCCACUAAAUUUUCAAAGUUAAAAUAGAAUGUUAUACAAGGUCAUUGCUUUCUUAUUUAUCUUCUGUCUGUAUUAAUUCCAUACAUAGAUUUGUUGUAAUUUGUUUUAUAAAUCUUCAUUAACAAAAAUUGGUUAAUACAUAUUUAAAAAAAAAUGACAUUUCUGAACCUUAAUAAAUUCACCUCUCAAAGUCCGUCCA